GUAUUCAUCAUGUCUGAAAAGCCCAAGGUCUCGAAAGGCGGCAAGGCCGCCAAAUCCUCAACGGCCGAGACUAAAGCUAAAGCUGCCAAGAAAGCAGCUUUGAAAGGUACUCAAUCACACAAAUCUAGAAAAGUUCGAUACUCGGUCACAUUCCACAGACCUAAAACCCUCCGUUUACCUCGUAAUCCUCGUUACCCAAGAAAGAGCGUACCACACCUUCCGCGUAUGGACCAAUUCCGAACCAUCCGUCAUCCUCUCAACACGGAGAGUGCAAUGAAGAAGAUUGAGGAUCAUAACACUUUGGUUUUUAUCGUUGAUCUUAAAGCGAACAAACGUCAGAUCAAGGAUGCUGUCAAGAAGCUGUACGAUGUUGAGGCUGCGAAGGUAAACACGCUUAUUCGACCAGACGGAUUGAAGAAGGCGUACGUGCGCUUGACAGCCGACCACGAUGCUUUGGAGGUUGCCAACAAGAUCGGCUUCAUCUGAUUCAUUCCCUUCACGCACUCAUGUACAUGGCGCUGUAUGCAUGGAUAGCACCGCGAUC